AAUCCUUCUUCAGUCUUCGUUGAACUUCGGCUCGGUGCGGUGUCUUGUAUUCGGUACGGUCGUUAUCAAGGAUACGCAGAAAAGAAACAUCCUUCAUCGGAUUCUAUUGUUUUCAGUUUGUCCGCAAACCGGCUUUCUGAUUUUACUCUGGAGUGAAGUACAGUGCAGAUAAAAUAUUACAAUCGAGGGUGUUUUAUUGAUUAUACCGAUCGUGGGGUCCUGAAUAAUAAUUUAGUUAGAAUUAUUCUAAUUAUUACUGUGUACAUCGCUGUAAGUUCCGGCUUCAGUAGGACGGAACGGAAAAAACGGAGUAGGGAAAUACACAAGCCAAGAAGAAGCCUACCGCACAAAGAAAAGUUCGCUUUCUGAAAGUGCCCGUUCCGGUUUUUAUUGUUAGUGCGAUUCAACAUCCUAUAAGCCAAGAAUAGAGUGUUAAACGAUAAUAGGCUAGGCACUGCGUGCUCCGUUCAGCUUCAUUCUAUUGAUUACCCAGUGAGAAAAAUAAUUAUUUCGGUGCGAAUUUUUAAUUAACACGUUCUAAGGGAAUCUACCUAAGGAAAACAACAGAAAAUAAAAAUAAUGUCCAACAAUAUCCAGAUUACGACCGACGACAAGUCAGCAACUCUUGUGGGAGGCAUGGCAACGACACCAACCAAACCAGCGAUGACCGGCAUUCCAUCGAGCCCGUCGCAUCUGCAGCUUCCAUCGCCGAUAAUUACGCGCCGAACCAGAACCGCUUCCACUUCCGACCGUGCCAUGAGGAAUCCCAUCGAGGAAGGAAAAGUAAAAUCAUUCAGCAGGGGCAAAGGUCACGGUUUCAUCUCGCCCAAUUCCGGCGGUGACGACAUUUUUGUGCACAUCUCAGAUUCCGACGUCGAGGUGAAGCAAACCGAACUAACCGAGACGGAAGUGGAGAACAACAGCAAGAACGAAAGCAAGAAGAAGAAGGAGAAAAAGUCUAAGAAGAUCGAAAGUGAUGGCGAAGCGGAUGAUGACCUGGAUGAGGUUACCGAAGCUGUCGAAAAGCUAAAAGUCAGUGGAAAGCAGGAAAAAAAGAAGGCUUCCAAAAAAUCAUCCGCUAAAGAUGAUGACGAUGAAGAUGACGGCGGUGAAGAUGAAGAGGACACUAAAAAGUCCAAAAGUAAGAAGAAGAAUAAGGUUGCUGCUGGAGGACCGGUGGGAUUUUCUCUCCUGAUGGCCGAUGAUGAUGGCGAUGAGGAAGUGCAGGAAACUCUUCGUGACGAUGAUGAUGAUGAUGACGAUGCUUCCAAAAAGGGAAAGAAUAAAAAUGGGAAGAAACAACAGACUAAAGAUGUGGAUGAAGAGCCUUUACAAAAGGGCGGCAAGAAGGGAAAGAAGGGCAAAAAGAAGAAGGGCGGUGACAGCGAUGAUGAAGACAUUGAAAAAAUGCUUGCCGAACUGCAAAUGGAAUACUCCGGCGUGAAGCCUCCCCCCAGUGAUGAACCUGCAGUCCAGGAACCGAAGGAAGUUGAAAAGAAGAAGGACAAAAAGGACAAGAAAAAGAAGGAGGAGACUCCUCCGGCAGACGAGGCUGAUCAGAGUGAGGAGAAGGCCGAUGGGGAGGUUCACAUUAAAACGGCUGCCGAGAAGCGAAAGGACAAGAAAGAGCGCCAGAAAAAGGAGGCUCAGGCAGCCAGACAGCAGGAAAAGGAAGCCGAGGCUUCCAAACCAGAACCGGCGAAAGAAUCGAAAGAAUCCACUCCUGCACCAGAAAAGGAUGAUUCUGGUGCUCCGGCUACUGGUGAAAGUAAGAAGAAGAAAAAGAAAGCGAAGAAAGAGGAAGGUGCAGAGGUGGCAGCCGAUGAGAAACCGGCGGAAGCGCCUGUGAAACCAGCUGAUGGCGCAAAAGCUGGAGAGGCUGCAAAAGAGGGUGAUAAGAAGAAAAAAGGACCCAAUAAGGCUGCCAUAGCUUUGAUGCAAGAACGCUUGAAGGCGAUUCGCGAAGAGGAAGAACGUAUGAAGCGCGAAGAAGAGGAAAAGCAGCGCAUAGCAGAAGAGGCAGAACGUUACCAUCAAGAACAACUUCGCUUAGAGCAGGAGAAGAAAGAACGUAAAAAGCAGAAGGAAAAGGAGCGUAAGGAACGUCUGAAGGCCGAAGGUAAGCUUCUUACCGCCAAGCAAAAGCAGGAUCGAAUGAGGGCGCAGGCUAUGUUGGAAGCAUUGAAGGCUCAAGGAAUAGAAAUUCCGGAAGUUGGUGUGGAGAAGAAGGUCCGUCCUGGCACACGACUCCGUCCAAAGAAAAGGGAUGACGCUAACAAAGAAGAAGAGGAAGAAAGUAAGGAAUCUAGUCCAACCGAAGAGGAACUGAAGGCCGAAGCACUGAAAGCCGAGGAAACUAAAGAUGAAGUAAAGGAUUCGUGGGACGCUUCUGACAGCGAGGAAGAAGAAGAAAAAGAGCCAGAAAAACCGGCUGUGAAGGAAACAUCAAAAUCUGCGUCAGCUUCCAAACAACUAAAAAAAGAAGAGUCGGUUGAAGAUGAUGACGAUAGCGAGUCGGAAGAUGAUGAUGAUUCUGAGGAUGAAUCAGACAGCGAGAGUGACUCGGAAGAGGACGCACGCCCAGAGGCAGAGAAGAUGCGUCAACGAGCGAUGGAGCGUAUAGCCAAGAGAACGCAGGAUGCCGAGAAGAAGAAAUCGUUGGAUGUCCUCCGCGCGGCCGUUGUUUGUGUCCUGGGACACGUAGAUACUGGUAAAACUAAAAUUUUGGACAAACUUCGUCGUACAAACGUACAGGAUGGCGAAGCCGGCGGAAUUACCCAGCAGAUCGGUGCCACCAACGUCCCAAUCGAGAACAUUAAAGAGCAAACUAAAUUCGUUAAAGGCUACAACGAGACCACUUUUAAGCUGCCAGGCUUACUGAUCAUAGACACACCCGGUCACGAGUCCUUCAGUAAUCUGCGGAACCGUGGAUCUUCUCUUUGCGAUAUUGCAAUUCUUGUUGUAGAUAUUAUGCAUGGUCUUGAGCCGCAAACCAUUGAAUCAAUCAAUCUCCUGAAAUCUAAGCGAACGCCAUUUGUAGUAGCACUCAAUAAGAUUGAUCGUCUGUACGACUGGAACACUAUGAACCGCAAGGACGUUCGGGAUAUUCUCAAGGCUCAAGCUUCCAAUACUCAGUUGGAGUUCCAGCAACGCACAAAGGACGUCAUUGUUCAAUUCGCCGAGCAAGGUCUCAACGCUGCCCUGUAUUAUGAGAACCCAGACCCUAAAAGCUACAUUUCGUUAGUUCCUACCAGUGCCAUCACCGGUGAAGGCAUGGGAAAUCUCCUUUUCCUGAUCGUGCAAUCAUGUCAGAAGCAGUUGGCCAAACGUUUAAUGUUCAGCGAAGAUCUGCAAGCAACAGUGCUCGAAGUUAAAGCAAUCCCUGGUCUUGGCACGACUAUCGAUGCCAUUCUGAUCAACGGUAAGCUCCGUGAAGGGGAAACCAUGAUUCUGGCUGGUACGGAGGGACCGAUUGUAACUCAGAUUAAGGCCCUGUUGAUGCCACAGCCCAUGAAGGAGCUUCGGGUGAAGAACGCCUACAUAGAGCACAGGGAGGUGGUGGCGGCCCAAGGUGUGAAGAUUGCCGCCAAAGAACUUGAGAAAGCUAUUGCUGGUCUGAAUCUGCAGAUAGCACAAAAAGCGGAUGAGGUGGAGAUAUUCAAGGAUAUUGUGGCACGAGAUUUGAAAUCGGUGCUGAGCAGUAUUAAGCUUAGCGAACGUGGCGUGUAUGUCCAAGCGUCAACGCUCGGUUCACUGGAGGCGUUGUUGGAGUUCUUGAGGACUUCUAAAAUUCCGUACUCUGGAAUUCGAAUUGGCCCUGUCGUGAAACGUGACGUGAUGAAGGCUUCGACUAUGUUAGAGCAUGAAAAUCAGUACGCAACGAUUCUCGCAUUCGACGUCAAGGUGGAACGCGACGCUCAGGAACUCGCUGACAGUUUAGGCGUGAAGAUAUUCCAGGCGGACAUCAUCUACCAUCUGUUCGACAAAUUCAUGGCCUAUCGAGAGGAGAUCAAGCUGCGCAAGCGCGAUGAAUUCAAGACGAUUGCCGUGUUCCCGUGCAAGCUAAAGAUUUUACCCCAAUUCGUGUUCAAUUCUCGUGAUCCUAUUGUGAUAGGUGUCAUAGUUGAAGCUGGAAUCGUGAAAGAAGGAACGCCAAUUUGUGUGCCAAGUAAAGAGUUUGUUGACCUGGGCGUGGUGACGUCGGUUGAAGCUAAUCACAAACAGAUUGAGACCGCCCGCAAGGGGCAGGAGGUGUGCAUAAAGAUCGAACCGCUUCCGGGCGAGACGCCCAAGAUGUUUGGAAGACAUUUCGACGAGAACGAUAUGCUAGUUAGUAAGAUAUCCCGUCAAAGUAUUGAUGCCUGCAAAGACUACUUCCGAGAUGACCUGCUGAAAUCAGACUGGGCCCUAAUGGUGGAGCUGAAAAAGACUUUCCAAAUUCUGUAGUUCCGUAACGUAUUUCUUCUAUUCUAUUACGUUCAUUUUCCAUCAUAAUGUGGUGUUGACUCCUGCUCCUGGAAGGAUGGCAUGUCCUUGCAUAUCUUCCUAUUUUAAAGGCAUCACUUUGUUAGAAUCGAUGUUGAAGCACGUGGACAUCCUUAAAGGCAUAAUAGUAUAAGAACGCAUCUCCCGCGAAGUGAUGAGAUAAAGUUUAGUGAACGUUUUCCAAUGUGUUUAGUCAUAACAAUCAGCUGAUGUAACACUGAUUCCCAAUCGUUUUACUUAACACGGCUCUACUGCUAGGUAUUCAAAUAAUCAAUUAUUUAAUAUCUUUUUUUGCAGGUAAUUUAGUUGUUUUGAAAUUUUCCAAUAAUUUGUUCAUGUAAGCCGCUGCCGUUGGCUUCUCCUAUCUUUAGGAAUAACUUGUGAUUUAUAGCUGCUUUUUGAAUGGAUGACAGUAAGUGUUUAUUCAGGUUCUAAAACUGAAAGUUAUUGCACAUAAGAUCUUGUAAUAAAAUAAAUCAACAAAA